CCAAGCAAGGCUGACGCGGAAUUCAAUACUGAGUGAGGAUCCGAUGUUGAGUCCACAGAUAAAGGAAAAUCUGGGAGCUGAGGUGAAGAGGAAUCCUUCCUUCUCAAAAUCAGUCGACUUGGGAAUAACCUAUCUCGGUCCCGACUUCAAAGUGUCAGAGAGUAUCUACCAUGACGGAAAAGUGGAAAAGGAAAAUCAGGAUCUAAGUCUUGAAACAGAAGUAAACAUGCAGCUCAAGAAACAAGGAUUAGAACUGAAAGAGGUGAAAACGAACAUGGCGGAGAGAACGCAGGAGACUGGAGUUGUUUGUUCAGCAGAAUUCAAGAAGGAUGUCACUGGAAGAGAUCUGUUUGGAUAUGUUGGGAUUGAAGCAGUUCUGGAUCAGAUGAGGCGUAAAGCCAUGAAAACAGGAUUUGAGUUUAACAUCAUGGUCGUAGGUGAAAGCGGACUCGGAAAGUCAACGUUAGUGAACACCCUGUUCAAGUCGAAAGUCAGUAGGAAGUCUUGCACGCCCAACUUUGUGGAAAAAAUCCCCAGAACUGUGGAGCUACAGACGAUUAGUCACAUUAUUGAAGAAAAAGGAGUAAAAAUGAAUCUGACGGUUAUUGACACACCGGGAUUUGGUGAUCAAAUAAACAAUGAAAACUGCUGGGAACCAAUUGUGAAAUACAUUAAUGAGCAGUAUGAGAAGUACCUGAGGGAGGAGAUUAAUAUCAACCGGAAAAAGCGGAUUCCCGAUACUAGAGUUCACUGUUGUGUCUACUUUGUGCCUCCCACAGGACAUUGGUUACGACCAUUGGACAUAGAGUUCAUGAACCGGCUAGACAAAAUAGUCAACAUAGUCCCAGUCAUCGCUAAAGCUGAUACACUCACCUUAGAUGAGAGACGAGAAUUUAAACAAAGGAUUCGACAAGACCUGAGAAAUUACUCCAUUAGUGUUUACCCGCAGACAGAGUUUGAUGAAGAUCCUGAAGACAAAUUAUUAAACGAUACAGUAAGAGAAAAAAUUCCCUUUGCAGUUGUUGGCACUGACCAGGAACAUCAAGUGAACGGGAAGAAGAUUUUAGGCAGGAAAACAAAGUGGGGAAUUAUCGAAGUUGAAAACGGUGCACACUGUGAAUUUGCAAACCUAAGGGAUCUACUGAUCAGGUCUCACCUCCAGGAUCUGAAAGACGUCACACACAAGAUCCAUUACGAGACCUACAGAGUGCGGCGAUUAAAUGAAAGCAAUGGCAUUGUCAAGGGUUUGCCGAAAGAGAACUAUGUAGCCACCAAAGAAGAUCUGGAGAACAAUCUCUGAGACCCAGCCCCACCAACCAAGAAUAAACUUUGCUUUCCCCAUCUCCUCUGCAUUGUACAGUUUUCAUAUUUCAGAUAGAACUGGAGACAAAAAGCGUUUUCUGUAUUAAAGGAAGGCUGUGGGAAUGAGAA